GGCUUCGGGGGUGCAACGGGAAAGGAAAGCCUCGCAGCAGCUGCAGCCGGAUCCCGGGAGGCUUUACUCUCGAUCAGAAGCAACCCAAGAGAAGGGGGAAGGAGAUGGAAAAGGAGGACCCAGAAGGCCCUGGAACUUGGAAGAGAUUAGGUCUCCAUCCCACCAAAGCAGUGAGUGGUGUUGAAUUCUGGGAAAAAGCUGUACCAGAGAUCUUCACUCAGGACGCUAUGACUGCAGACAAAUGCAGCCGAAGCUUCCGGCAGUUCUGUUACCCUGAGUUCAAUGGGCCGCGAGAGGUUUGCGAGCGGCUCCAUAGACUUUGCAACCAGUGGCUGAAGCCGGAGAGACACACCAAGAAGCAGAUCCUGGACCUGGAGCAGUUCCUCACUGUUCUGCCUCAGGAAAUGCAGUGCUGGGUCAGAGGAUGUGGGCCAGAGACCAGUUCCCAGGCAGUGGCCCUGGCCGAAGGUUUCCUCCUGAGGCAGGCAGAGGAGAAGAGGCAGACAGAACAGAUUUGGGGACGAUCCACGAAGAUGGAAGCAGAGUUCUCUAAGGAAGAAGGAGGUCCUCCAUCAGAGAAAGGCAGUGAAGAGACGUUGUCAAGCCGUCACCUUUGCAGAGAAGUGGAAACAGCUGCUCCACCUCUGGUCCAGUGUCCCUUUUCCUUUGAGGAGGUGGCUGUGUAUUUCACCCUGACUGAGUGGGCCCUGCUGGAUCCAGGCCAAAGAGCUCUUUACAGGGAAGUCAUGAAGGAGAACUAUGAAAGCGUGGCCUUUUUGUCAGGUGUAGAGGAGACAGCUGGGGAAUUCCAGGGGUUCCCUUUGGGAAAAGUCACGAAUGAAGAUGCAGAAGGAGACUUCAGAGAUGGAGAUGGAUCACAACAGGAGGGAAGCCACGCAGCAGCAGGUGCAGAGGAGACAGCUGGGGAAUUCCAGGGGUUCCCUUUGGGAAAAGCCAAGAAUGAAGAUGGUGAUGGAAACUUUGGAGAUGGAGACGGACCACAGCGGCAAGAGAGAAGCCAUGCAGCCAGGGAUGAUCAGAGGAAUGAGGAGGGUGAGGAACUGCAUCCUCUAUUGCCAGAUGAAACCGAGAAUGAAGACUUGAGAGGCAACUUCCAAACUCAAGGUGGACCUAAGAGAAAGAAAAGAUGCCACACGCCCAAGGAGAGGGGUAAACCCAUUCCUUCCAAAAAGGAGGAUUUCCAUGAACUAAUUCACAUUAUUAUAGACACAUACAAGUGCUUGGCUUGUGGAAUGCACUUCUCAGAUCAAUCCCAGUAUCAUGCCCACGUGCAAAUGCAUAGUGGAGAGGAGACCCAUCAACGGCUGGAGUGUGGAAAGAUCAUGACUUGCAGGGAAGAGAUCCAUGGACAUCAAAGAACACAUACUGGAGAGAAAUCUUACAACUGCUCAGACUGUGGAAAGAGCUACUCAGAGAAACCAGACCUUGUUCAACACCAAAGGAUUGACUCAGGAGAGAAACUUUUUACUUUCUCAGAGACAGGAAUGGCGUUCUCUGAGGGAGGAAAACAUAAUAGCCAUUUUCCAAAGCAGAGUAUAAUGAAGACAUAUAAAUGCUCCCAGUGCAGAAAGUACUUCAGAUACAUAUCACAUCUCCUUCUGCAUGAAAAAAUCCACACAGGAGAAAAGCCUUUGGAAGGUUCAGAGUGUGGGACGAGAUUCAGUCAGAAAGGAAAUCUUCAAGAACAUCUAAGAACCCACACAGGGGAGAAGCCUUUUGAAUGCUUAGAGUGUGGGAAGAGAUUCAGUCAGAAAGGCAAUUUUCGAGAACAUUUAAGAACCCACACAGGGGAAAAGCCUUUUGAAUGCUCAGAGUGUGGGAAGAGAUUCAAUUGGAGUGGCAAUCUUCAAAAACAUCUAAGAACCCACACAGGGGAGAAGCCUUUUGAAUGCCCAGAGUGUGGGAAGCGAUUCAGUCACAGUAGCACUCUUCAAGAACAUCUAAGAACCCACACAGGCGAGAAACGUUUUGCAUGCUCAGAGUGUGGGAAGAGAUUCAAUCAGAGUGGCCGUCUUAAAAGCCAUGUAAGAACCCACACAGGGGAGAAGCCUUUUGAAUGCUCAGAGUGUGGGAAGAGAUACAGUCAGAAAAGCAGUCUUCAAGAACAUAUGAGAACCCACACAGGGGAGAAGACUUUUGAAUGCUCAGAGUGUGGGAGGAGAUUCAGUUGUAGUGGCCAUCUUAAAAGCCAUGUAAGAACCCACACAGGGGAGAAGCCUUUUGAAUGCUCAGAGUGUGGGAAGAGAUUCAAUCGGAGUGGCCAUCUUAAAAGCCAUGUAAGAACCCACACAGGGGAGAAGCCUUUUGAAUGCUCAGAGUGUGGGAAGAGAUUCAGUCAGAAAAGCAGUCUUCAAGAACAUAUGAGAACCCACACAGGGGAGAAGCCUUUUGAAUGCUCAGAGUGUGGGAAGAGAUUCAGUCAGAAAGGCAGUCUUCAAGAACAUAUGAGAACCCACACAGGGGAGAAGCCUUUUGAAUGCUCAGAGUGUGGAAGGAGAUUCAGUUGUAGUGGCCAUCUUAAAAGCCAUGUAAGAACCCACACAGGGGAGAAGCCUUUUGAAUGCUCAGAGUGUGGGAAGAGAUUCAAUCGGAGUGGCCAUCUUAAAAGCCAUGUAAGAACCCACACAGGGGAGAAGCCUUUUGAAUGCUCAGAGUGUGGGAAGAGAUUCAAUCGGAGUGGCCAUCUUAAAAGCCAUGUAAGAACCCACACAGGGGAGAAGCCUUUUGAAUGCUCAGAGUGUGGGAGGAGAUUCGGUUGGAGUGGCGAUCUUCAAAAACAUCUACAAACCCACACUGGGGAAAAGCCUUUUAAAUGCUGAGAGUGUUGAAAGAGAUUCCAUCAUUGUGGCCAUCUUCAAAGUCAUCAAAGAACCCACAAAAAGAGAAAUCGUUGAACUGCUUCGCCCAGAGGAGUCAAACUCAUUUGUUUCAAUGGCUGGACUUGACCUAAACAUUUUGUCAGGCUGGACCGUGUCUGCCAUAAAAUGUAAUGCCAAGUCCCUCAGAUAUAAACACUGGCAAACUUAAUUAAUGAUUUUCCCCCUAAAAAUACAAACAUGCUUAAAACAGUAA